AAAAAAAAAAAACGAAAAUGACGUAAUGAAUCACCGACCUGCAACUCUGAUUUUUAGUAGCCAUCUUGUUUUCAACGGAAGAUUAAAUUCAGGUUACACAAGGAUCCAUUGUGAGGAUUUUGAGGAAGUUGAGCUGUUAAAAUAUUAUUAUUAUAUCAAAAUAAUAAUAAACAAUGGAUUCAAAACAUUAUGAUCGUGGAGGUAGAUCAAAUUCACGUGAUACAUCACCAAAACCAGAGGCAGUAUCAACACAAUCAUCAAGUCGUUCAAUAACACGUCGUUCAUCAUCACCAUCAACAUAUAAAAGUGGUAAUAAUAAUAACAACAGCAACAAUACAAAAAUAUCACCAAAAAGACGUAGACGUAGUACAUCACGUCAACGUUAUACAACAUCAUCAUCAUCGUCAAGAAGAAGAUCACGUUCACGUGAUUCAUCAAGAACAAGAAAAUCAACAUCACGUCGUGAUGAUAAUGACCGUGAUAAAUUACGUUGUAAAACAACUAGAGGAAGAUCAAGAAGUCGUAGUACAAGUAGAAGUCGUAGUAGAAGUAGAAGUCGUGAUAGAUAUCGUCAUCGUGAACGUGAUACAAAACGUCGUCAUCAUAAUCGUUUACAUGAUGAAGAUGAUGAUGAUGAUGAUGAUUAUGAUUAUGAUGAUUGUGAUGAUGAUAAUUUUAAUGCUCAAUCAAAACAACAACCAAUUAUACCACAACCACAACCAAAUGCAUUUAAAAAUGAUGGUAGUUUUAUGGAAAUGUUUAAAAAAAUGCAAGAAAAAUUAAAUCCAGUUAAACAACAAGAACCAACAACAACAUCAACAUUAACAACAUCAUCAUUGUUGUCUUCUUCGUCGUCUUCAUCAUCUGGACUUGUUGAAAAACCAGUUAUUCCACCACCACUGAUGGUUGGUAAAAGACGUGGUGGUAGAAUAUUAAAAACUGGCAUGGUUGCUAAACAAAAAACAGAAACAGCUGUUGAACAACCAAAAGAUGCAUGGUCACUUUAUAUGGCUGAAGUUAAAAAAUAUCGUGAAGUUUGUUGCCAAGAAGAAGACAAUACAAGACCACUUGUUAAAUAAUUACUAUCAUUAUCCACCAAUUAGUUAUUAAUUUUAUAUUUUUUAAAUCAAUUAUUGGAUUUUCUUUCUUUUUUUUUUUUUUAAAUAUAUAUUGAUUAAAGACAAUUAGUGUUUUAAGUGAUAAUUAUUUGUUAGUGUAUUAAAUAAAAUAUUAAAUGAUAAAUUGAUAAGAGCAAAAUAAUAAUAAUAAAUUAAA